AUGGUUGAUCGUGCUUUUGAGAGGCAUGGGAGAGAUAUUUAUACUCAUGAGAACUUUUACAUAUUUCAGAAAGAGUUGUGGAUCGCAUGCGUAGAUUGUACUGUUGAAAACAAAAAAGAGGAAGAUGGAAUGAAAAUUUAUCAUAUAAUUGAUAGCAGUGAGGCUAAUAGUAAACUACGAGAAGUUGUUUAUGAUUCAUCAGAUCACAAUGCGAAUUGUUCAUGCAAAAUGUUUCAAGAUCAAGGAAUACUUUGUAGACACAUACUUUGUGUUCUAAAAGGGAGGUGUUUAAAUGAAAUACCUGAUAAGUACAUCGUGAACAGGUGGACCAAGUUUGCAAAUAGAAAACCUUUUUUUGACACCACUGAUAAUGAUCAAGAAACGUUUUCUAAAUCAGAGAAUGAUAGCAAGCUCAUUUCAGAUUUGUGGAAUCACUUUUUCAAGUGUAUGGGUAAGGCUAGACAUGAUAAGGAUAAAUUAAAUUUUUUGUUAAAUGGAGUUAUUAGCAUCGAAAAGCAACUGGACGAGUGCAAGGAGGAUUCUAAAAUAACGAAAGAAGAUGAUAUGCAGACCUUUAUUGGAUCCAAUAUUCCUGAAGAAAUAGAAAUUUUCCCACCACAAAUUUCUAAGACAAAAGGCAGUGGAAGACGAAUUAAAGGUGGAAAAGAGAAAGCUAUUGAACAACAACAAAAAAGAGCAAGACUUUGUAAAGCAUGUGGUCAGUAUGCAUAUCAUGAUAGCCGUAACUGUCCUCAAAAUUCAUCUCCCUGA